AUGUUCGAAACUGGCAUCACCCCGCCUUUUGAGCAUACCGUAGGUGACCCCCUCCGCAUGGCCCGCCGCGUCUACGGCCGCCUGCAGUUUUCAUGGCCGUCGCAGGCGGACGCAACCGCCUUCCGCAGGCUGUUCCCCCUCUCGCUCAAACUCCCCAACUCCCGCCCCGUUCUGCUGAAGGAGUUCGUGGACAGAUUCGAGGAGUUUACUGCACCUAAGGCUGCAGGCACUCCCACCCUCUCUAUCCGUAACGUCCCUAUGGAGUACGCGCCAGAGGAUAUCCGUACCUUCCUCCUGGACUCCAUUGAGCCGGACGGUGCGCACUGGCUCGCCGAUUUGACCAACUUCCACCGCGCCUCUGACCCUUAUGAGGGUACCUACUUCACUCACCUCGCUGGGCUCCCAGUCGCCACCCCCGACGACCCGCAUUUCAAUCUUAUUCCAUUCGAAAUCCUGUUGGAGGUCAACACACCUCCCAUGUUGCUGAAUUUCUCCUGCCACGUGUGCGCGCUAUGCUCCAACAACCACCGCGCUUUGCUCCCCAUUUCUCCUUGUACGUUCCCCCUUUGCCCUCCAACCUGCCUCCCCCCCCCCCCCGCGACUCACCUUUUUCCUGCCCAUCAACUAACCUGCUCCCCCCCCUCCCCCGCGCUCACCUUCCAAUAUCCCUAUGUCCUUCUACGCCCCCCUCCCCCAUUGUCUUUCCUCUCUUGCUCCCCACGGUUGCCCACGCCCUGGCCACUCCCCUAA